UAUACACCGACAACAAGAGAUGAUGUUAAAGAGCUGGGAGGAGUCAGUAUUGUUCAUCUUGUUGUCAGAGAUUAUAAAUCUUCUCUUCUUCUGUCUGCCAAAAUACCCCCACCUCGCUCAGGGGUGUGUUACUGAUGAUGCUGCUUCUAUAAACGCAGCACAACACAUUACCACAGCAGAGAAAAGUUCAGACACAACGAGAGAAGAGGAAUUAGAGACGACUGCUUCGCACAGUAUUCAGCGGUCAUGGAGAGAUUGUCUACAGCCAGCCAACAUGUCCGACAGAAGCAUCGUGAAAAGAAAAAGGAGAUGGAUGACAAACGGGAGAAGAAACUACCUGUGGAGCAGGGGACCACAGAUGAGGAUCAGAAAGUGAUGGCAGUAGAGGCUUUUGAGAGGAGGAACAUCUGGGAACCGAGUGUUUACUACACACUGGGCAAGGAGUCUUUUUACAUUGCUGGUCAUGACAUCACCAUCCGUGAAUCUAUGGAUUCUUAUGGUGCUCUGAUCUGGCCCGGGGCGAUAGCUUUGAGCCAGUUUUUGGAGAAUAACCAGCAACAAGUUAACCUGAUGGACAAAUCAGUUCUGGAGAUUGGAGCUGGGACUGGCUUGCUCUCAAUAGUGGCCAGUCUGCUUGGUGCUUGGGUGACAGCUACUGACCUGCCAGACAUCUUGUCCAACCUGACCUUUAACCUUCUGCGGAACACCAAGGGCCGGUCCCGCUACACCCCUCAGGUGGCGGCCCUUACCUGGGCACAGAACCUGAAGCGAGACUUUCCCUACCCAUCCUACAACUAUGUGCUUGCAGCUGAUGUGGUCUAUCCCCACGGCUGCCUUGAACAACUGCUGGAAACCAUGCGUCACUUUUGCCCACCAGGAAGUCGAACAACGCUGCUGUGGGCCAACACGAUCCGGUUCCAGUCAGACUUAAGGUUCACAGAUUGUUUCAAGAGCAGUUUCAACACCACACUGCUCAUUGAGCUCCCACAGCAGGAGGUGAGGAUAUACAAGGCCACAGCCAAGGAGUGACAGAGGAGCCUGGAGGGUUUGUGUUUGAAAUUGUGAAAAAAAAAAAAAAAGGAAAAUUAUAUUUUUGUCUUGCUGAUUAUAAUCAAUGUCAAGAAAAGGCUGGUUUUGAUCUGUUCACGCAAUAUUUCUGGACAGUGCUGUAACUGUUGUCAAGAAGGAAUGAAGCUCAAAUUUCCAUUUCAAUAAGCAAUACUUUUAUUUAUUUGCUUUUACAACUAAAUUGAUUUGCUGUAAAAAAAAAAAAAAGAAAAAAAAAAAAGAAUUUGUCUCAUAACAAGACUACAUGAACUUUGAGUCAACACAUGAGAAAAUGUUUAUCAAAAGCAUGACACUUUGGUUACUUAUCGUUUGGUAUUGCAACAGAAGUAGCUAAUUUAGCUGUUUAUAGUAAAGACUAAGGGACUGCAGUCAUACAUGUCCUUCAUAAAGAAAAAAGCAUUUACCAUUAAAUGCAAAUAUGCACCGUUUUUACAUGUCCAACGUGCGACAUUCAGUCAGCACCAAAUAUAUCACAUAACUAAGCCCCUGCUUAAACUUUUUAUUUUUAAAAUGCAUUUUAAAUCUUAAAGCAUUACAAUAAUUUAACAAAUGCACACCCAAAGGGAAGACAGUGAACAGAUAAAGAGAGGGACAAAGAAAGAAGAUGAAGAAAGAGUUGGGGGAAGGUUACAAUGUCAAUAUAUUUCUUUUCUUUUUUAACUCCUAAAUCUAUGUUUAAGUCCAUUUCAGGUUAGAAAUCCACCUUAAUUCUGUGCUUGUUGUUUUCUGCACUCACCAAUAAAACGUUAAGAGUCUCAAGCUGUUUUAAAACUGUGA